AUGCCCGCCAAAAUGCCCAACUAUCACUCCGAGAUGGAGAGCAUUGACAACCACGAUGCCAUGACCGAGUCUGGCUAUGUCAGUGCCGCCUCUGGUUCUGGCAGCGAGGACUAUGUCCCCGAGAUUGUCUUCACGAGACCCCAUCUGCAGUUCCUGAACCGCCAGUUGCAGUUCCUUGAGCCCCAAGACAUCCUGAAAUGGUGCAUCACUUCUCUUCCUCACCUUUUCCAGACCACUGCAUUCGGUCUCACAGGUCUCGUCACAUUGGACAUGUUGUCAAAAUUGGAAGUGCCUCGCCCUCAGAUGGUUGACCUCAUCUUCCUCGACACUCUCUACCACUUCGAUGAGACAAUGGCCCUCGUCGACCGUGUACGUCGCAAGUACCCCAACAACAACGUGCACAUCUACAAGCCCGCUGGUGUCGAUACCACCGCCGAAUUCGAAGCCAAGUAUGGCGCCAAGCUCUGGGAGGUCGAUGACCAGCUUUACGACUGGGUCGCCAAGGUUGAGCCUGCUCAGCGUGCCUAUCGCGAGAUGAACGUCCACGCUGUUCUCACCGGCCGCCGCCGCAGCCAGGGCGGCAAGCGUGGCGACCUCGACAUCAUCGAAGUCGACGAGGCCGGCCUUAUCAAGAUCAACCCCAUGGCCAACUGGUCCUUUGAUCAGGUCAAGCAGUACGUCAAGGAGAACGAUGUCCCCUACAACGAGCUUCUCGACCGUGGCUACAAGAGCAUUGGCGAUUGGCACUCCACCCAGCCCGUUGCUGACAACGAGGACGAGCGCUCUGGCCGCUGGAAGGGACAACAAAAGACCGAGUGUGGUAUCCACAACCCUCGCUCGAAGUACGCCCAGUACCUCAUGGAAAUGGAGCGCAAGCGUCAGGAGGAAUCCCUUUCACAGGGAUUGAACAACCAGGCUGCACCUAUUGUGUAA